GUCCAUUUCGUUUAUACUAAACACGUUGUUUUAGAACGAUGUUCCGAAAAACUGGUUUCAUCAAAACUGGUCAAUGUAACUUCCGAUUAUCAGUCAAAUAUCUAUUUCAUUGUCUGUUUUAUAUUUACAAAACAAUCCAAAAUCAUUUUUGAAAAUUAGUGAAAAUCCAACGGUGAAAUAUCGUGAAGAGAAAAUGUGAUCUCACUUCAAAUUUAUAAUAAUACAUAAAUUCUCAAUUUAAUUUCCUCAUUUUUAAUUUUAGUUUUGAUCUGCUUAAGCAAGAGAGUCAUGUCCUCACCUGUCACUGGUGACUUGAGUCGGUCCACUCGAAUUGGCCCUGAAGGUCCGGAAUUCUGGAUCCAGCCAUGCGGAUACACAGUGGAAGGAAAUACUCCACCAUUUCCUGACUCUGUUUUAGCAGGAGAUUACAAAUCUUACCUGGAGAUGGACCUCCAUUACCUUGAAGAGCUGUGGCUAGAACAAUUUUGUCUGGACAAGUUUUUAAUGUCUUUUGCCGAUAAAGUGAAAAGUGAUGAAGCUUACCGCUAUGAUUGGCUUCAAGUUAACACCGUCAUUCCAAAAAAGCCCGGUCAGCACUUGAAUGAAUCCCAUUAUUCUCAACUGCAAUUUCCUUCCAUGCUGACUCAAUCAUCCAACAUUUUCCAACGGAUCGCCAUUGGUUGGGAACAAAUGGAAUAUGAGAAAACCGAUUCCUCUUACAAAGAUUAUUUCACAUCCGCAAAAUUCCGCAUGAAAACUACGUUGUGUCAGUUGGAUGGAUAUUUGGCUGAUAAGAAAAUGUCUCCGGCGCCCAAUCCGACCCGAUCCAUUAUGCCAAAUGAAUUGCGUUCAAUCACAAGCGCAUCCCAACGGGACGAACGUAAUUUCCGCAUCAUAAAAGAAUACGUCAACGCCCUAGAAUAUUACGUCGAUGUAUUCAGCUACUUCGAAACAGCUUUGGCUUCAAAGUCUUCCCUCUAAUUACAUUUCCUUGCUAAUUUUAUUAACUGCUUAAUUUUGUGGAUCACUUAGAGAAGAUUCACAAGAUUUUUCUGCUA